AGAAGAAACAAAGAUGUACGUGAUGUGUUUAACUAAAUGUGUUAAUGAAAUAACAUACCAUCGUAACCUUUUCAUUAUAAAGACCUAUUAGUUAAACACUUGAACUAAAUCCUGGCUUUGGUUUCAGAUCUUUCAUAAAUACUGCAGAUUUCAUGUUACGAUGGAUGAGUUUGAGUGAUACCUAUUCAUCAUAUGCCCAUUUAGAGAACUCCGGCAUACACGUACAAUAUCUCUCUCUGAUCUGUCGAGAUGAUCUGUUGUUUCUAAAACUUCCAGUUCUAGUGCAGAAACUCAACGGUGUAGUGAAAUAGACUAGACAAACCAUGUCAAUUCCGAAAUCGCUUUUUCUUGUUUUUGAUUUAUUUUUGUUUCAGAACCAUUGAAUAUUCAAGAGAUUCUGUGCUCAGCACUCCUGACAGGAAUUGUAUUCGGGAUUAUCAUCCUUUGAUUUAUAUCCUGUGGGUUUCCAAUCUACCCGGAUCUAUAAAAGAAAAAAAAUGGUUAUUAUGCUCAGCACUCCUCACAGGAAUGAAGAGGUUCUGUAUUGCCAUUUUGAAGAUGAAAAUGCAUCCACACAGCAUCUACUAGAGAUCUAUAUCUAGCUUGAUUUUUCCUAAUGCUUGUCAAUGCAAAUACUUCUUUGAGGCAUGUGAGCGGUGCUAUUCCUUCGUUCUUUAAGAAAAACCGACACCAGUUCUGCUUCCAAAAGUAUCAGAAAGUUUCUUGUUUGCCUGCUCACCUGGACUUGCAUGAGCACGUUGAGCGGAGUUUGGGAUUGAAAAGGUCGCCACUUCGUUUGAUCGAGGAAAUGGGAAGUGGUGGGGUUCUUCGAGCAAACUCAAAUGAGUUACCUCUUUCUUCUUCAUAUGAGUCUGCUAUGGAAGCACUUUCCUCUCUCAUUACUCGUCAGAAACGCGGAGAGAAAUCAAACAUUAAUGGUAAAUAUGAAAAAAUGGAGAGGAUGCAAAUGUAUUUAAAGAUAUUGGGUUUGGAGGAUCAGAUAGCUGGUCUCAAAAUUAUCCAUGUUGCUGGAACAAAAGGAAAGGGUUCAACUUGCUCAUUCUGCGAAGCCAUUUUACGGGAAAGUGGUUUUCGAACUGGACUUUUCACCUCUCCUCACUUAAUUGAUGUGAGAGAAAGAUUUCGUGUAGAUGGGUUGGAUAUUUCAGAAGAAAAUUUCCUACAAUACUUUUGGGACUGUUGGCACCAAUUGAAGGAAAAUCUUUCAGAGGACUUGCCGAUGCCCCCGCUUUUCCAAUUCCUAACUGUAUUAGCUUUUAAGAUAUUUGUAUCUGAAAAGGUUGACGUUGCAAUCAUUGAAGUUGGUCUUGGGGGAAGGAAGGAUUCAACGAAUGUGAUAAAAGAACCCGUUGUCUGUGGUAUUUCUUCGCUAGGGAUGGAUCAUAUUGAGUCACUGGGAGAUACGCUUGGGAAAAUUGCGUCACAUAAGGCAGGAAUUUUUAAGCCUGAAACACCCGCAUUCACCGUAGAUCAACUUCCCGAAGCCAUGGAUGUUCUUCGGGAGAAAGCUUCUGAAUUGAUGGUCCCUUUGGAAGUAGUUCCACCUCUGGAGCCACAAACUUUGGGAGGACUGAAGCUCAGCUUAUCUGGUGAUCACCAGUACGCAAAUGCCGCUCUUGCUGUUGCUCUUUGUAAAUGCUGGCUUCUGAAAACAGUGAAUGCGAAAGACGUGUUAACAAAUGAAAAAGUAGAGGCAAAGUUACCGGAGCCUUUUCUUAGAGGUCUUGCAACUGCACGCCUCGGUGGACGGGCACAGACUGUCUAUGACAGUUCAUCCGCUUCCAACUCGUCAGAAAUGAAAGAAAAUGCUAUGGGGGACCUGAUCUUCUACUUGGAUGGAGCUCACAGUCCAGAGAGUAUGGAGGUCUGUGCAAAAUGGUUCUCCAAUGCUGUAAUAGAGAAUAGAAAUUCUUCAAUUAAGCAUGACGUAGAAAAUCUCGAGAGUUCCAGCAAAAUCUCGAAGCAGGUCCUUCUAUUCAACUGCAUGGAGGUGAGAGACCCUCAGGUUCUUCUUCCUAGGCUCAUCACCACUUGUGCAUCUUCAGGUGUUCAUUUCUCAAAAGCCCUUUUUGUUCCAAGUAUGUCAGCGUAUAAUAAGGUCACCUCGGCCUCAAGUAUAUCAUCAGAUAUCUAUUCCAAGGACUUAAAAUGGCAGUACAUGUUGCAGAGAAUGUGGGAGAGGAUUCUCCAUGGGAAUGAAGCCGUAAAUGAUGACAACUCAAAGCUUGAAAACUUAGAGACACUGUUGCCACCUACAACUUUCCUUUGUGGAAGUCCAACUGCAACUACUAGUAAAUGCAAUGGGGAAAAACAAUUCACAAGCAGUUGUGUCAUGCCAUCAUUGCCUUCGACAAUAAAAUGGCUAAGGGAUUGUGUCAGGGAGAACCCUUCCCUCAGAGUUCAGGUUUUGGUGACUGGAUCUCUGCACCUAGUUGGAGACGUUUUGAAGCUCUUGAAGAGAUGAUUUGCCCUGAACACGCAACACUAACAGUAUAGUAAGACAUUCAUUCUUUCAGCAUGCAUCAGACGUUGUUUAUUUUCCCUGAGUUGCUUGUAGAAUAGCAUUUGUUGUAUCAUUUGAAACCGAAAACGAAUUGUUGCGUGGGUUGUUGUAACAUAUUGUGUUCAUACUGUCAUUUCAAUCUCAUUAAAUCUUGAGAAGCAGUUGAGAAAUGCAAUAAAGUUGAUUCCAAGUCCAGAAUA